CAUCACUUGCUUCACUGGUGCAUAUAGGCACCCCUGCCGUCAUGAUCAAUGCUGCUGCCAUCGCGGGUUAUAGUACCAGAGGCGCGACAUCAUCUUCAUCACGUCGCAUCCUGAGUCUCACCCUGCCGCAAGCAUUCCACCUCUCAACGUCUCGCCUCCUCACCACUUCGACGCACCAACGCCGGCAGCAGCAGCCACAGCGAUCGCGCUCGCGCCGACAGGAGGAUGGCCCAUCAAGAGGAUACAGCGGCAAAGGUCGAGACCCCUCUUCUUCGUCCCUGACACCGCCGCCUACCAUCUGGAAGGCCUCGAAUAGCGUCAUUGAGCUGCACGCACGUAAGACUAGAGUGCCAGACUACUCGCUCCCAGAGCCGGCCAAGGAUGCAACGGUUGCUAGUCAGUUGGAGGAGGCCAUCAAGCAGCUUGGCAGAGACACGCUGAUAUCGAGAAGGAUACGGGCACUCGGUCUCUCGCACGAGGCCGCCGAGCUUGUCCUCAAGAGCGUCUUUACGAACCAAAGCAAGGGCACCGACAGCCAAGGGGGUCACAUUGCUGCAUUGCUUCGCCAAUGGGUUAAGAAUCAGCGUUACUCCAUAGAAAAAGAGCAGAGAAUGCUGCUCAGCCCGAUACCUUCUUCAUCGAAGUCGGCAGAUAAAGCAGUGCUGCCUGCGCCCUCGCUACCCCUCCUCACCACCGCUCGCAACAUCGUAGACGGCAUUCCUGCGUCCGUCGUCGAGCAAGACGCGAACGCAGUCACACGCGCGCUACUUCGCUCCCAGACUGUCGCCUUCCUUGACUGGGUACAGGAGCAGCUAGCCAAAUUGGCAGCGGACGCCCAGCCCAGCACCGAAGAGCCUUCUGCUUCAUCACCCGCCGUCAUCGCUGCAACCUCUCAGCAUACCCUUACCCUCACGCGCUCCCUCCUUGAUGUGCGCAAUCCUGCCGAUCUUUAUCCCGAAGCUCGCUCAAUCAAGCGCUCCAUUCACCUCCACGUCGGUCCCACUAAUUCAGGCAAAACGCACGGCGCCCUCCUCCGUCUUGUACGCGCUCACACGGGCCUUUACCUCGGCCCGCUACGUCUUUUGGCUCACGAGGUCUGGGAUCGGAUCAACAAUGGCAAAGUUGCCCCUGGUGUAUCACCUAGGCCUUGCAAUCUCAAGACGGGCGAAGAGGAGCAAACCAUGGGGCCUCUCGUUGGCCUGCAGAGCAGCACUGUGGAGAUGGUCGAUCAGAAGCAACGUUUCGAUGUGGCCGUGAUCGACGAGAUCCAAAUGAUCGCCGAUCCUCAACGUGGGCAUGCCUGGACGACAGCUUUGCUAGGCGUAGCAGCCAAGGAGGUCCAUCUCUGCGGUGAACCAUCCGCCGUUCCACUCAUCAAGCGACUGGUGGCAGACUGUGGUGAUGAGUUGACGGUGCACGAGUACGAGCGCCUCACCCCGCUCGAGGUAGCUGAGGAGAGCUUACAUGGAGACUUGACCAAGUUGCGUCCCGGUGACUGCUUAGUGGGCUUUGCGAGGAGCGCCAUCUUUACGCUCAAGAAGCGAAUUGAUGGCAUACCCCUGCCGGCGGCCCCGGACGGGUCAGAGGGCGGGGAGCUCCGCUGUGCUCUUGCUUAUGGGUCUCUACCUCCCGAGCUAAGAGCAACACAAGCGCGCAUGUUCAACGAGGGGGUUGAUGCCAACUUGAUGGUUGCGACAGAUGCGGUCGGCAUGGGAUUGAAUCUACGCAUUAAGCGCGUCAUCUUCGAGACCGUCUACAAAUUCAACGGCAAGGAAACCAUUCCGCUCUCCGCAUCUCAGAUCAAGCAGAUCGCAGGGCGAGCAGGGCGAUAUGGGAUGGGUCUGAAUGGUGAGGCGGACGAUGCGUCCAGCGGGCAGGCAUUGACCCUGCAGGAGGGAGAUAUGGACGUUGUCCGUGCCGCUCUGGCCAGUCCAAGGGCGGAUUUGACGAGGGCGAGCGUCCAGCCUCCUCCGGAGAACAUCGAGCGACUCAUGGCCCUCCUGCCACCUGACGACGAGGUGUUCGCGCGCGAGGCUGAGGAGAGGCUGGAGAGAGAGGAGAAGGAGGAAAGGGAGAGGCAGAAGGAUGAGGAAAGGAAGCAAGCUGCACAGCGUGGAGGGCGCGGGAGGGGCAGGUCCCGAGCUGGCGGGCGAAUGAAGGUGGUGAGCGAUGCGCUCGAGAACGUAGAAUCGAUUCUCACCGAGGCAGAGGGGCAGCAGGAGGCAGGGCAAGGAUCGUGGCUCAACUCUCCUCAGACCAAGUCGUCCAAAUCACAUCGCCAAGCACAGCUCCGUCUCAAGGCCGCGGCCUUUGGUCGAGUUCACAACGUUUACGCCGAGCUCAGCCUCUUUGCUGCGAUUGACGAUUCGCGAUACUUUUUGGCCAACUUCGAUCAAGCAGGGCACAGUCGCGCCGUUGCGCUUCGCGCGUCUUCGAUCGCCACGGCAGCCUCAUCCACUUCAGCAAACGACGAGGACGAGGACGAGUCCCCUGCCCUGGUCGGCCCGUCACAGCGUCGCUCCGUGUUGACGGUAAGCGAGCAAAACGCCUUCGCCCUGGCGCCCAUCGAUGUACGCAGUGCUUCCGUCCUGGCAGCCUUCGCUCUCUUCGUCCGCGAGUACGCGUUGGGCAAUCUGGUCCUCUUUGACUCUGUAGUUGAGAGGCUGGAUUUGCUCAAAAGCUUGAGCGUGGUUGAAGCGUUGGAGGAGAAGAUGAGACGCGAGUGGGACAACGAGCAGAGCAUCUCCGGACAGAAGGAGGCUGCAGAGGCAGAAGAGCCAACCAUCCGCCAACUCAUGGCGUACGUCCCCGCCUGGUCACCCAUAAACGACGAAGUCAUCCGAGGCCUGGAAUCACUGCACGCUUCACUGGGUGUCUACCUAUGGCUCUCCUUCCGCUUCCCGCUGGCUUUCUCUGAUCGAACCAAGACGGCCGCAUUGAGGAAGAGGACAGAGAGAGCUAUCGAGUUGAGCUUUGAGGCUCAGAGGGCAGCGAGGGAGAAGAGAUUGACGCAUUUGGGCAUCAGAGGGGAUGGGAGCCAGUUGGAGGGUCAGGAGAGGCGUGGUCGUGGUGGUAGGAGGGCAGGGGAAGGCCAUGCGCCCUUGUGGGGAAUGGAAGAGGACAAGCCAGCGGCGCGACGAGGGGGAUAUUCGUUCGGACAAGGAAGGGAGCCAGAGCUGCGCCUGGGGAGUAGACGAGACUCCGAUGGCGAGGAGCGCCGCUUUCAGGGCAAGCGAGGCGGCAGAGGUCGAAGGCAGGAGGGGUACGAUGACACCUUUGCGUCAUCGGGCAAAGGGCGACCCUCUCAUCGGUGGUCGUAAAAGUGGAGCGAAGCUCUGUUCAGCUCAAGAUGACAGACGCCACAUGUGUCAGAUGCCAAUGACAUUGCAAAUAGAGAGAAGUAGUGGAACCUUCGUGA